GGGACGUGUCCUGGUUCCUGAGUCUCACGAUUCGGCGAAGGCGGCGGCGACAUCUCUUUCGACUAAAAGACUCAGCGUCCAGUGCUCCAGCCGAAAGAUCUACAGGCACCACCGGCGCUGCCACCAUGCCCAACUUCUCUGGCAACUGGAAGAUCAUCCGAUCGGAAAACUUCGAAGAUUUGCUCAAAGUGCUGGGGGUGAAUGUGAUGCUGAGGAAGAUCGCCGUAGCUGCAGCGUCCAAGCCAGCCGUGGAGAUCAAACAGGAGGGAGACACUUUCUACAUCAAAACUUCUACCACUGUGCGUACCACGGAGAUUAACUUCAAGAUCGGAGAAGAGUUUGAGGAGCAGACUGUGGACGGGAGACCCUGUAAGAGCCUGGUGAAAUGGGAGAGUGAGAACAAAAUGGUCUGCGAGCAGAGGCUUUUGAAGGGAGAGGGUCCCAAAACCUCCUGGACCAGAGAGCUGACCAAUGAUGGGGAGCUGAUCCUGACCAUGACAGCGGACGACAUCGUGUGCACCAGGGUCUACGUACGCGAGUGAGUGGCUGUGGGUCCAAGAGCCGCCUGAGCCCACCACCAGCCCAUGCUCCCUGCUUCACUGCCCCAUGGGCCACCCCUCCUCCCCAUUCCUUCCUUCUAGACUAGCUUUCCCCUCACCCUGCUCACUUCUGGGGGGUGCUGGAUGCCUCCUGCAGGGCCUCUGCUUUUUUUGGCCCCUCCUCCCCUCCCCUACACCCACAAAAAGGGGUGGAUUGCAGGACCCCAGAUCACCCAUUCCGGAAUCACUCCCCCUGCCCCCAGUCAGCAGUCCCAGCCCCAAACCACCCAGAACACAGUCUCUCUUUCUGUGAGGGGACCUGGGGGAGUGGGAAAGACCGGCCCUCUGGCUUCCACUCUGUCCCUGUAGCCUAUACAGUGUAGAAUAUUUAUUGGUUAACUUUGUUAAAAUGUUUUUAAAAACAAAA